UAAAGAUUGGAGGUUGUUUUCAAAGUCAGCCUCUAUCUCUUUGGCUUUCUGUGAACCUCCCACUUGAAUCGUUAAGUCUUGACGUACUAUUUCAGGAAGCAAUAUGGUACUUUGUUUUAUUACCAGGCCCAAACAUUAAGUCCAUAUCCCAAGAUGCAGUGGUGCAGGUGGGCUGGCAGUUGGAGAUCACACCUACAAAGACAGUCCGCAGGACCAGAGACAGAGGACUCUUUCGACUUUCUCUUCAAAAUCAUCCUAGUCGGGGACUCAGAUGUAGGGAAGACCUGUGUGGUCCAGAGCUUCAAGUCUGGCAUAUUCAUAGAGAAGCAGCAGAACACCAUAGGGGUUGACUUUACUGUUCGCACGCUGGACAUUGAUGGCAAGAAAGUAAAGAUGCAGGUGUGGGACACAGCUGGACAGGAGCGUUUUCGCACUAUAACUCAAAGCUACUACCGCAGUGCACAUGGGGCCAUGGUAGCCUAUGACAUCACACGGUGCUCCACAUUUGAAUCUGUUUCCCAUUGGAUCAGGGAAGUGGAGCAUUUUGGAGCUGCAGGCGUGGUGCUGAUCCUCAUUGGUAACAAAUCAGACCUUCAUGCUAAGCGGCAGGUGUUGUUCGAGGAUGCAUGCACUCUAGCGGAAAACAACAGUGUGCUAGCUGCUCUGGAAACAUCAGCUAAGGAAGCGCAGAAUAUUGAGGCAGCCUUCAUCCUCAUGGCCCGGGAGCUGCUGGCUCGUAACGGCACGACCAUCACGGAUGAGCUCUCUCAAGAUUCACAACAAUUCAUGUUGAAUAACAGCACUCACACAGUCAAUGGCCCUGAGUCUUCAGAUAAGAAGUGUGGGUGCUGAGUUGUCUGAGGAGGGUGCAUUUUGUUUAAGACAUCAGCCUGAAGUUCUAUCAAUGCAGUAUGUGCAAUGUGUGUGAAUAUAAGUUUUGUAUAUAUUAUUUUGACUUGAAAUAUUUAUACAUUAGGGUCAGUGACACAGGUGUUUAACAAUGGUUGCUUUUUAAAUAUAUUUUGUAAUAUUCUGCUGCUGAAUGUGAUGUUGACUCCAGCUUUACACCCCAAAGCUCUGUUGGAGGACUCUGAUUGCACACAGUGUUUCACUUGACAAGAGGCAAUUUGUGUCUGCCAUCCUUUUUAAUGUUCUGUCAUAUAGUAUGGCUUUUACAGAGCUUUAGCAGAGGUCCACAGUAUGAACCUGUAUUUUAAGUCCAUUGCUAUUUGGACAUUGUUAAACCUUUCUAUGAAAAUACAAAAAAACAACAAUGUUUGCAAUUAACCCUUGUGCUGCAACUGUUCUUCCAUGUUUAUUAUCUCCCACCUACAGACAGACAUUUAAAAGACUUCCAGAGCUAAAACCCAUCCAAUAAAAAUAGCAUCUAUAUCUUUUCUGUUGAAA